GCCUUGCAUGUGGGAGGCCCUGGAUUCAAUCCUCCAGUACUGCAAUAAAUAAUUAAAUCUGAUUGAGUAAAAAAAUGUUAAGUGUUUUUUUAAAAAUAAGUAAUAGUACAAGCGAAACACAAAUGUACUUUUUAUCACUAUGGUAUAUGCAAAUAACUGAAGUUUAGGAAAUACUGAAACCACAAUAUUCAAAUACAUGUUGGGAAAAAUUACAAACUAGUUAAUGAUCAUGCAUCCUCACAGGCAUAGGCUUCUUAAGUAAUACCUGAUAUUCCAGGGGCAAAACAAAAUAAAAAUAAGAAAGGAAUCAUUUGUUCUUAAAUAUUUACUAUAAAUUUUUUUAAAGAAACUCCCUCACACAUUUAAAACACAGAACUUAAUUGAGUAAAGUGCAUCUAUAUUCAGAUUUUGUGUCCCCUCCCACUGCAUCCCAUGGAGCACAAGGAUAAAGUAUUAUACUCCAAGGGGGUCCCACACCAGUAUAUUCCCUCUUCCUGAAUAGGUCUACAUCUAUCUCAUUUUUAGUUUUUCUUCCUUUCUUUCUUUCUUUCUUUCUUUUUUUUUUUAGUGCUUUCCCAAAUGAGCUUAGAAACUAGUAAUCUGAAUAGAAGACUUCAAAACACUGAUCUCUAAGAAUACAAACCUUGCUCUGUUUUUAAUCUGGCCAAAUAAUAAACAUGGUUAUAUUUCUAGGUUAAAGACAAAAUGACCGACAAUAGAAGCUACUCUAAUUCACCAGACAAAUUUCCUGUCUUCUCUGAUUCUGCCCACUUGCCGCUGCCCAGGUCCUUCUAUCUGGACCCCAUGGUCACUUUCCACCUGUGUCCUGAGGCCCCAGUGCCAUCUCCUUACUCUGAAGAGCUGCCAUUGCUGCCAUUUUCCAGUGACUCCCUGAUCAUGGAAAAUUAUGGUGAACCCUGCUCCUUCACAUUCCCAAUGCCUUAUCCAAAUUACAGAAGGUGUGAAUACUCCUAUGGGCCAGCCUUUAUCCGGAAACGGAAUGAGCGGGAAAGGCAACGGGUAAAGUGUGUCAACGAAGGCUAUGCCCAACUACGACAUCAUCUGCCAGAGGAGUAUCUGGAGAAACGACUAAGCAAAGUGGAAACCCUUAGAGCCGCAAUCAAGUACAUUAACUACCUGCAGUCACUUUUGUGCCCUGAUAAACCCGAGACCAAGAAUAAUGCCAGAAAAGACUCCUCCCUAAUGGCAACCACCAGUCACCAUGCUGACCCUAUUUUUAGAAUUGUUUGAAUCAGCAUUUCAAAAUAGAGACAGAUAAUUUCACAAAAUAAGAUCUCUGACAGCAUCCUUCAAUAGUUUUUUUCUAUAUGUAAUUUCUGUGUGGGCAGAUACAGUUCCCAUACUAACCUAUGCUGGGUAUUAAUAAUACAUUAUCUUAUGUAGACUGAUAAAAUGCUUUGCUCAUUUCUUUCAAGAGCUCUAGUAGAACAGAAUGGAUUUCCCAGGAACCUCUGUACUUUUCACCCUGCCCUUCUCACACACUUGGCCCACUUCUCAGGUGUCAGAAGCUCUCACAAAAGCAUGAAAAGUAACGAGUGACUACUCAAUGCUAGAGGUAUAUCUUGCAGCUACUGUGUGCUAAGCUGUCACAAUGAAUCUGCCUUGAUUUGUCAGAUGUUUGGUGGUUCUUAUUUAUUUGGUGUUGACAAGAAGUCACAAUGAGAAAACAUCUCAGAGUAAAAACAAAAGUAGUCUAUAAAACUUUUUGUCCUUUGAAAAGAUUUCAGAUUUAUCUUUUUCCUGCACUUAGAUUUCCUUAGGAAGCUUAGUACAGAGCUUCAGAAGGCAGUCUCUGGACACUAACUGCCUCAGUUUCAAAUUUCACUCCUGCUUUCAUUCUAGAUCUUGGUUCUUCAUCUGCAGUGUAUGAAUAACAACAGCAACACCCCUGUGUUUAUUAUGAGGAUUAACUGUGCCUAACACUGAGUACAUAUCCAUAACCAUUGUUUUCUAUCAUCAUUAUUAUUUUUAUCUUGUUUUGUCCAUAGUAUUACCAUCCUCCAGCCCAGAAAACUUUCAGCUGCCAGGCCUUUCCUUCACCCUUGGGAAGGAGAGUCCCUGGCCUGUAUCUUAGAGAUUGCCUUCAAAAUGUCUCCAUUUCUACUCAAGGCUAGCUUCAGUGCUUCCAUCCCUCUUUUUUUUUAAUUAUUAUUUUUUAGUUGUAAAUAGACACAAUACCUUUAUUUCUUUUUAUGUGGUACUAAGGAUCAAACCCAGUACCUCACAUAUGCUAGGCAAGCUAGCGCUCUACUACUGAGCCACAACCCCAACCCAGCUUCUUUCCCUCUUAACUCCCAGGUCCCAUCUGUCACCAAGCACAGUCAAGACUUCCCUCACACUGUCACACUUAUCUUCACUGCCAUGUCUGAAUUCUUUCUCAACUUCCAUUCCCUGCCAUUAGUUGCAUCUUCAUUUUGUAUACAAACUUCUCUUAUAGUUCCUCUCCUUUUAUCAUUAUGC